AUGUUAUCUAUAUUUACAGAUUAUGCAGAAUUUGUCUUUCUUGGUUUAUUUAUUACUGAAAUGUUAUUAAAAGUAUAUGGUUUAAAUGUACGAAUCUACUUUGAAUCUUCGUUUAAUAUCUUUGACUGUGUGGUUAUUAUAGGAAGUCUAUUUGAAAUAAUUUGGGGAUUCUUUCAUCCGGAUGCGUCAUUUGGUAUCAGUGUCUUACGUGCACUGAGACUUUUACGAAUUUUCAAAGUAACCAGGUAUUGGGCAUCAUUACGCAAUUUGGUCCUUUCAUUAUUGAAUUCUAUGCGAAGUAUUAUUUCAUUAUUAUUCUUACUAUUUCUGUUCAUUUUAAUAUUUGCAUUACUUGGAAUGCAAUUAUUUGGUGGAGAUUUUAAUUUCGAUGAAGGAAGACCAACACAAAAUUUCGAUACAUUUGUUAAAGCUUUGUUAACUGUGUUUCAGAUAUUAACUGGUGAAGAUUGGAAUACCGUUAUGUAUAAUGGAAUAAGAGCACAAGGUGGAGUAACCAGUGGUGGUGCAAUUUACAGUGUAUAUUUUGUUCUAGUUAUGGUAUUUGGAAAUUAUACUCUGUUAAAUGUAUUUCUUGCCAUUGCUGUGGAUAAUUUGGCAAAUGCUCAAGAAUUAACAGAAGCUGAAGAAGAACAAGCCAAAUUACAAGAAAGUCAUGCAGCUGAAGAACGAGGUGAAACACGAUCUCCUGUUGACGUCAAAACUAAUAUUAACAAUAAUAAUAAUAACAAUAAUAAUAAUAAUAAUGGUAAUAUUAAAAAUACACAAACAGGGAACCUUGUAAAUAGUUAUCAUAUGCCUAGUAUUCAUGAUACAGAGAAUAAUCCAAAUACAAUGCAAGAGAAUUUAAAUGAAAUCAUUAAAUAUAGAACCGGUGUACAAAAGGAUAAUUUUAUGUUUCAUCACAUGACCAAUGUAAAUUUUACAUCAUUGGAAAGUGAUGAUACAGCUAGAUUACAAGGAUCGUCACAAAUUCAAGGAAAACCAGUUCUUCCGUAUAGUUCAAUGUUUAUUUUUGCACCGACUAAUGCAAUUCGACGUUUUUGUCAUUUUGUAGUGAAUUUACGUUAUUUUGAUUUAUUUAUUAUGAUUGUAAUUUGUGCAAGUAGUAUUGCUUUAGCUGCUGAAGAUCCAAUUUCGGAACAAUCAAAACGUAAUACAAUAUUAGAACAUUUUGAUUAUGCAUUUACUGGUGUAUUUACAAUUGAAUUAAUUUUAAAAGUUAUUGAUCUAGGCGUUGUACUACAUCCUGGUUCAUAUUUUCGUGAUACAUGGAAUAUACUUGAUGCAAUUGUUGUAUUCUUUGCUUUAGUAGCAUUUGUAGUAAGAUCAGCUACCUCGUUAGGACGAAUUGGAACAAGUACAUCAGCAAAGAAUUUAAAUACCAUCAAGUCAUUACGUGUACUACGUGUACUUAGACCAUUGAAAACAAUUAAUCGUGUGCCAAAAUUAAAAGCUGUAUUUGAUUGUGUUAUUAGUUCAUUGAAAAAUGUUUUCAAUAUAUUAAUUGUCUAUUGGUUAUUUCAAUUUAUUUUUGCUGUCAUUGCUGUACAAUUAUUUCAGGGAAAAUUUUUCUAUUGUAAUGAUAUUUCUAAAAUGACAAGAGAUGAUUGUCAGGGCCAGUUUAUUGACUACAAUGAUCGGGGUGAUCCAUUCCUUCAGAAUCGUACAUGGCGUACACGUGACUUCAAUUAUGAUAAUGUAAUUCAUGCAUUACUUACACUAUUUACAGUAACAACUGGUGAGGGGUGGCCAGCAGUAUUAAAAAAUUCUAUGGAUUCCACUGUGGCUGAUCGUGGUCCAUCACCAGAUUUUCGUCAAGAAAUGGCUAUUUUCUAUGUGGUAUUCUUUAUUGUAUUUCCAUUCUUUUUUGUAAAUAUUUUCGUUGCACUUAUCAUUAUUACAUUUCAAAAUCAAGGUGAAAAUGAAUUGAUCGAAUUGGAUUUAGAUAAAAAUCAAAAACGUUGUAUUGAUUUCGCUAUUAAUGCUCAACCAUUAUGUCGUUAUAUGCCAAAAGAUAGACAUUCAUUGAAAUAUCGAGUUUGGCGUCUUGUUGUCUCAACCCCAUUUGAAUAUUACAUCAUGGUGAUGAUUGCAAUUAAUACUUUAAUUUUAAUGAUGAAAUAUCAUCGUCAAGAACAAAAAUCAUAUUUUACUGCUUCAGUUGAUACAGAACAACAAGCUUAUCAUAAUUAUUGUAAUACAUUAUUAUAUUUCAAUUCUGCAUUCACUGUUAUGUUCUCUGUUGAAUGUAUGCUGAAAAUUAUGGCUUUUGGACCAAAGAAUUAUUUUCGUGAUCGUUGGAAUAUUUUUGAUUUUAUUACAGUGAUAGGAAGUAUUACUGAUGUAUUAGUUUCUGAGCUACAAGAAUCAGCAUUUUUAAGUUUGGGCUUUCUACGUUUAUUUCGUGCAGCACGUUUAAUUAAAUUAUUACGUCAGGGUUAUAGUAUACGUAUUAUCCUAUGGACAUUUAUUCAAUCAAUUAAAGCAUUGCCAUAUGUUUGUUUACUGAUUACAAUGUUAUUUUUUAUCUAUUGUAUUGUUGGUAUGCAGGUUUUUGGUAAUAUUAAAACAGAUCCACAUUCACAAUUAAAUAAUCAUAAUAAUUUUCAAACAUUUGGCGAUGGAAUAUUAUUGUUAUUUAGAUUUCCUUCCUGCUUUAUUAACCGUGCAGUGAAAUAUUCAUUGGCAGCGCUUAAGAAAUUAAUUCGAAUGAAUAUGCCAGUAGAUGAAAAUGGUUGUGUACAUUUUACAACGACAUUAUUAGCUUUAAUACGUGAAUCAUUAGGAAUUAAAACUGGACCAACUGAAAUUAUGGAUCAACGUGAUAUUGAAUUAAAAGAGACAAUUUGUAAAUUAUGGCCUGUACAUGGAAAGAAAAUGCUGCAUUUACUUGUACCUCCUGAUUCAGAGCUUGUCUAUCAUAAAAUGACUGUUGGCAAAAUAUAUGCAAGUUAUCUUAUCAUUGAAAAUUGGCGAGCAACACGAGCUUUUCAAGGUAAAGGUGGAACAUCGAAAUCUGCCAGCAUAUUAGCACGAUUUUUCGGUGCAGUAAAACAAAAUGCUCAUCAUCCAAAUGUGAAUUCUGAGACAGAAGAUGAAAAAGGAAGUCCUGAUCUGAAUGAAUUCUCAGAGAAUAUAACAUCUGGAAAUAAACAUCCAAGAAAAAGUAUACUUUCAAUUUCAGAUCAUAAUGAACCAAAUCGUAUUUUUACACCAAAAAAAUCAGAAUUCACUGAAAAACAUGUACAUCGAGCUAGUAGUAGUAAUCUUUUACGGAAAAGAUUACGAAUGAAUGAAAUUGAUCCACAACAUCCUAGUCAUCAAUCACAUUUUAUUGAUCAUGAUGAUAGUAUAACAUCAACGGAACAAUUUCAAAACUAUGCAACACAUUUUAUUCCAUCUAAAAACGAUCAAGUAUUCAGUGAUCGUAAUUCAGCCCGUUAUUAUCCAAGUCAUUCAAAACAUCUGAGGGAAAAUAAUACUUUACAUCAUGAAAUACCUGGAAAUUUUGAAAUAACUGAUAAAAUCAAUGAAAGUAGUGAAGAACUAUCUGAAAGUCAAUAUCAUCAUCAUCAUCAGCAUCAAUUUGUGACUAGUUCACCAGGAAGUUAUUUUGAAGAUCAACAAGAUCAGUAUUUCGAAAAACCUGAUCAUCAUCAUCAUCCUCAGUUAAUGCGUACCAAUUUUGGUAAACUUUACAAUACUGAUGAAGCAGAAUAUCUACCGCAAACGGUGUCUUAUGCAAAACCAUUUUCACAAAAGCCAAUAAUGCCUAGCAGAGGUUAUGGUAUUCAUUUAUCCCCUAGCAUUGAUACCAAUAGGACUGAUGAUUUUGUUGAGGAUGAAAGAGAUAUGCCAUACUAUCAGUUAUGUGAUGUUAGCCCUACUGAAUUUCAUACUCCAUCACAUAUGAAUAUUAAAACAACCGGACAUAAACGUCCUUUAGAGCUUCCACAUCAACAUUCAAUUCCUAUUUUCACAAAACAAACCGAUAUUAGAGGUGAACCAUUAUGGGGACUAAGAAAUAUGCCUCAAUUAACACGAAGUCCAAGUGUAGAAUAUGCUACAAAAUAUUCUUCUCAUGAACCAUUGUUAAAGCAUCAGCCAUAUGGUUAUGAGACUAGCCAAACUCACAGAAAAACUGAUCUUCAACCAAACCCUUAUAGUUCAAUAUUUCAUCCUAUUCCACCUCCAUCAGGUUCAAACAUAUCCAAUCUUAAAGCGCAUAGAUCAUUUGAUACAAAUGAAAGUCAGGAAAGUGCUCCACACCCAUUCACAGCAAGUAUGCAUUUUCAGCCAAUACCUCCACCAACAAAUUAUGAUUGGGAACCAGAUUAUAUUGGUGAAAUGUAUACUCAUACAAGAAAUGAAGAACCAAUCAAAAAAGCCACAAAUCUAACCGCUGAUCAAUCGUCAAAUUUUGCAUCUACUUCACAUUUUGAUGAUUUCAAAUUGAAAAAAUCCCCUAUGUACUUUCAUACUCCACAAUUAAAAAGACAUUGUAUACCACAUACUAUUAUGACACAAAUUAAAAGACCUAAACAACAAAUUCAUGCAACUGUAAUAAAUUUUAAUAGUAAUCCAACAAUGUUUACUGGUAAUACUACUACUACUACUACUUCUACUACUUCUACUACUACCAUUGCACAACCAACUACUAAUAAUCCUUGUCAUACAAGAUCACCAUAUGAAUUACCGACAAACAUUUCAUCUUUAUACCAUCAUCCUAUUGAGUAUUAUGAUCUUCAAAAACAACCAACUGGUUCUUCAUCCUCUACAAUGUUUCCACAUUAUUUAAAUUAUACACCAAAAACUGAUUAUCAUUCAAUACAAUCAGAUGAUGAAUUCGAACAGAAAUCAAUAUUGAAUCUACCAGACAAUUCUUCAUCAUGUUCAAAUAAUAAUCAUGAUGAUGACGAUGAUGACGAGGAGGAGGAGGAGGAUGACGGUGUAAUUUAA